AGACAAGGCAACGACAGACAAGUAACAGAGGCGGAUAAGAUGGCAGGUGGACUCGAUAACGCCAAAAAGAUCAUUGCAAAGCUCAGAGACGAGGGUCGCGAGUCAGAGUUUGGCUACGUCUACUCCAUCUCAGGACCUGUUGUGAUUGCCGCAGACUUGGAAGGAUGCGCCAUGUACGAGCUCGUCCGUGUUGGACAUCAGGAACUCGUGGGUGAAGUCAUUCGUAUUGAAAAGGACAAGGCCACCAUUCAAGUGUAUGAAGAGACUGCCGGUGUGACAGUCGGCGAUCCCAUCAUCCGUUCAGGCAAACCACUUUCCGUGGAACUCGGUCCAGGCUUGAUGGAAAACAUCUAUGAUGGUAUUCAACGACCUUUGCGAGCCAUCAAGGAAAUCAGUCAAUCCAUCUAUAUCCCUCGUGGAAUCUCAACACCUGCUCUUGACCGUAAGAAGAAGUGGGAUUUCAACCCGGGAGACCUCAAGGUCGGUGAUCACGUCUCUGGCGGCGACGUCAUUGGUUCUGUCUUUGAAAACUCUUUGCUCGACGACCACAAGAUUCUUGUUCCCCCUCGUCAGCGCGGUACCAUCACCUCUAUUGUUGAGAAAGGGUCGUAUGAUUUGGAAGAUACAAUUGCAGAGAUUGAGUUUGAGGGAAAGACGAGUAAGCUCACCCUCAUGCAGAACUGGCCAGUCCGUGUGCCACGACCUGUUGCUGAGAAGCUUGCCGCCAACAAUCCACUCCUCACAGGUCAACGUGUUCUCGAUGCCUUGUUUCCUUGUGUGCAAGGUGGUACCACAGCCAUCCCUGGUGCGUUUGGCUGCGGUAAAACAGUCAUCUCUCAAUCCCUCUCGAAAUACUCCAACUCCGACGUCAUCAUCUAUGUGGGUUGCGGUGAACGUGGUAAUGAAAUGGCAGAAGUCCUCAUGGAUUUCCCAGAAUUGUCCAUUGAACGUAAUGGUAAGCAAGAACCCAUCAUGAAACGUACAACCCUCGUUGCGAAUACCUCCAACAUGCCUGUUGCUGCGCGUGAAGCAUCGAUUUACACGGGCAUCACGUUGAGUGAGUAUUUCAGGGAUCAAGGACGUGCAGUUGCCAUGAUGGCUGAUUCUACGUCACGCUGGGCAGAAGCGCUUCGAGAGAUUUCUGGACGAUUGGGUGAAAUGCCGGCUGAUCAAGGAUACCCUGCCUAUCUCGGUACAAAACUCGCUUCAUUCUAUGAGCGUGCUGGCAAGGCACAAGUCUUGGGAAACCCACAACGUGAGGGUAGUGUGAGUAUUGUGGGUGCAGUCUCGCCACCGGGAGGUGAUUUCUCAGAUCCAGUCACAACAUCAACAUUGGGUAUUGUUCAGGUGUUUUGGGGGUUGGAUAAGAAACUUGCUCAACGGAAGCAUUUCCCAUCCAUCAACACAUCUCUCAGUUACUCCAAGUAUACGGGUGCUUUGACGCCUUGGUAUGAGAAGAAUCAUCCAGAAUUCUUGUCGUUGCGUACAUCGAUCCUUGAGAUCAUCACGCGAGAAGAGGAAUUGUCGGAGAUUAUCCAGCUGGUUGGCAAGUCUGCCUUGUCUGAGCCAGACAAAGCAACGCUCGAUGUCGCCGGGGUGAUCAAGGAGGACUUUUUGCAACAGAAUGGAUACAGUGCUUGGGACAAAUUCUGCCCUAUGUACAAGACUGCCUUCAUGAUGAAGAGUAUCAUUGUAUACUACAAUGAAGCGCUACAAGCCAUCCAGAAUGGUAUGACGUGGAACAAGACGCGUGAAGCAACCAACAGUGUGUUUUAUGAACUGUCACAGAUGAAGUUCCAGAACCACGAUGUCGAGGGUGGUAAGGAGAAUUUGACAAAGUACUUUGAGGAACUCAACAAGAAGAUUGCGAAUGCCUUUAGGGACUUGUCGGAGUAGCAUUGUGGCCCUGGAUAGUUCUUAGUUCUUUCUUUUGCACCUCUGACAGACUACAUUGGCAUGCUCAGUUUAAGACUACUACUACGAGACUACUAGACUACUACUGUAAAUAUCAGUCCGGGG